UAUUUGUUUAUUUGUUUUUGGCAUGUUGCACGAAAAGCGCUUUAAACAUGAUUUGUUGCUAUUCUAGGAAGGUGUAAUUUUGGUAGUUGUCAGAGGGAAAGUUUCUGGUGAUAGUGCAGUUUAUUUGGAGAAGAUUAAGUGAUUAGUUUUUGAGUUAUAUGAGUUUGAGGUGUGAGUAAUUAGUGAAUUUUGUUUACGGAGGUAACUGCGGAGUGUUGGGAGUUAAGUGAAGUUUAAUUAACAAUAACUCGAUGGCGUACUACGCAGGCAUGGUUAACCUAGCAAACCGCCCCUACCGCCAGCGCCGUGACCUCGAACUAGACAACGCCCGGCGUCGCGACAAAGAAAACGCGCGCCUUGACGCCGCCGCCGCCCAAACCCGCUACUACGAACGCUGCGAGAAACAAAACGCCAAAUUCGAACAAUUCACCUCACCACGCUACUACGAAGAAAACAACAAACUCCACACCGAACUCCGCAUAAAAAAAGAAAAAGCCGAAAAACUCGAAACACGCCGCGAGAAACUACGCAAACUCUUCAUGGAAGAAGACCAAACCUUCUCCCUAGAAGACAUGAUGUCAAAAUGCACACCACGCUCAUGGGAAGACCCCGAAUCCACAAAACAUAACCACAAAAUCGACCAAGUACCAAUCGAACUCCUCAAACAAGUAAACAACGACAUAAAACACUCCGAAGAGAAACAACGUCGCCAUCGGGCAGAAUCAGCACUAUACGAUCAAUGGAAACGCGACAGCGCAUGCGUACGCGACGCAGAACGCCGCUGUAACCUCGACAAGGUCAAAAUGUCAUGGCUUGAUCAACAGAUACAGAAACGCAUGCAGAAGGAACAAGAAGAGGAAGAAACACGUCAAUAUAUUGCACAAACAAAACAAGCGAUUGAAGAACAACGAAAAGAAGAAGAAGAAUUCAAAAAAGAAGCGGAAAUUAAGAGGGAUAACCUUCGGCGUGACCUUGAGAAGCAAAUGGAUGAAAUACUACGCAGGGAAGAAGAAUCUAAUAAAUUGAGGUUAGAAGAAGAAGCUGUGAGGUUAAAAGGAGCAGAAUUACAACUCCUCGAAGAUAAAUGGGAGGAGGAUGAGCGCAGGCGCAGAAGUGAAGACGUCGCAUUGGCUAAUCAACGCUUUCACAAACGUAAACUUGAAUUAAAAGCACAGAAUGUGUUAAAAUCUUUAGAAGAAGAAAAGUUGUUUAUAAAACGUCUUCAAGAUGCGGAGUUAUGUGAAAAGAUACACAAUCAACAUAAGAGGUUAGAAAUUCAAUCCUCGAUGAAUGAAUUCUUGGGUUUGGUUAAUGAUUUGAAGGAUUUGGAAGGUAAGAGGAUGAAGCAUAUGCAGUUUACGUUUGAUUCGGAAGCGCCCAAGGUGUUUCAGCAGUUUGAUCAGGCGUGGAAGAAGGAGGAGGAGUUGAGGAAGGGGUUGGUUAAAGGGAUUUUGAAGGAUUUGAAGCAGCAGAUUGAGGAUAAUCUGGAGAAGUCUAGGGAUGAGCAGAGGGUGUUGUUGAAGGAAAGGGAGGAGAUGUUGGAGAGGAUGAAUAGGCAGAAGGAGGAGAUUAAUGAGGUUAAGGUGUGGGAGGAGAGGAAGAAGCUGGAGUAUAGGAGGUGUUUGGAUCAGCAGGUGCAGUGGAAGAAGGUGAGGGAGAAGGAGUUGAAGGAGAUUGAAAGGGAGAAGCGGGAGGUGGAGUUUGAGAAGUUGAGGUGUGAGGAGAUGAGGUUGAAGGAGGAGAUUAUGAGGAUGCAGAGGGGACAACCUGUGGCUACGCAUGGGAGGAGACGCUUUUUUUAUUAAGGUGUUUGGUUGGGUUUAAUUUUUGUUUUGUAAGGUGAAAAUGUAAAAAAAUAGUUUUUUGCUUGUAACUUGUAAAGUUUUGAGUUUUUUGGAUGUUUUGGUGGUUAUUCUCUUAAUUGAGGUUAUAACAAGUGUAAGGAAUGAAAAAUUUUGAAAAUCGUUAGAGCCGUUCUGGAGUUAUAGAUGGCGUAACAUACUAUUUGUUAUAUUGAUCAUAGUUAAGUAUACUUAGUGACGAAUUGAGGUUAUAGGAAGAGAUUAUGAGGAUUUAGAAUGGAGAACCAAACGCUUUGUUUAUUAACUUGUUAAAAUAACCUGUAAAAUUGUCAAAAUAUUCAAAAAUAACCUUAAAAAUUUGUUUGUGGAUGUUUUUGACGUUAUAUUAAUGAUUUUCAUUGAUUUAAAGGAGGAAAUUGAAGAUAAUUGGAUAAAGUUUAGGAAUUGAACAGAAAUUGAGCAAUGAUAAGCUGAUAUUCUCAAAAUAUCAUCAAAAAUUAACCUAAAAUUAGUUUUUUCUUUGUAACUUCUAAAGUUUUGAGUGUUUUUCAUGUUUUAAUGAUUAUUCUCCUAAUUGAGGUUUUAACAAGUUCAGAAAAUUAAAAAAAUUGAAAAUCGUUAGAGCCGUUCUCGAGUUAUAGAUGGCGUAACAUACAACUUGUUAUAUUAAUCAUAGUUAAGUAUACUUAGUGAUGAAUUGAAGUUACAGGAAGAGAUAAGGAUGCAACAUGACCAAUUUAUGGCAACAUAACCUCUAAUUUUGUUUUCUAUGCUCUGACAACAUCAAAAUAUCACAAAAAUAACCUUAAAA